UUUAAUUUUAUAUUUUUAUUAUAUUCAAACGAUUGCGUUUACUGAAGGAGGAAAAUGUAUUUAUUGGACAGAAAAUGUAUUUGGACACCGAAGGCUCAGUCAUAGGGUCCCGUUAGCAUAAUUCCGAUCCAAAAACCUAACACUGCAUGCUGCAGCUGAACCAGUAUGUCAGUUGGUGGGCCAAACGCAAGAAAGAUUGUUGAAAAAUAAAUACCCAAUUAUUGAACCAAUAAAUCAAUGUUUAAAAUGAUGAUGCACAGUAAAAGUUCUAUGCAGCAAUAUCAAAUUAAUUCUGAUUUUGAUAAUUUGUAUUUAAGCUUCGCUUUUCACACAGAUGGUUACGGUAUUGAGUUUGAAGGUUUAAUAGAUUUAGGCCCAAAAUGGAAUUACAAAUAUAAAAUUUCACCCAUUAGUUAUCAAGAUUCUACUGUGAAAAUACAUCUUUUGCCGAAAUAUUUUGAUACCUUAUUAAGAAAAGACAAAGAAUUUGAGAACGAAAAGCAGCAGAAAUUGAGAAUUAGAGAAUGGCAAAAAACAAAAAGUCCACAGGAAAAUAAUAGUAGUGAGAAAUAUAUAACAAGAAUAUAUGAUUCUGAAACAAGCAAAGAAAAUGGAGAUAUUAAAAGAUCAAAAUCGAUGGUGCAAACUACAGAAACAAGAAAUAGACAUAAUAAAAUACAACACUAUACGAGUAGCCCUCUAUUUACGUUCCAUGGCCAAUUAAACGAUGAAAAUGAUCCUAAAGUAUCGCAAACAAGAGUUAAAAAUAAUUUAAGAGCAACAUCAGGUUUCCUGCCUAAUGAAAAGAAAUAUGCUCAAAAAAGUCAUAAAAAUAAAAAACGUAAUCGGAUUCAUAAAAAUAUAACUAAUCAAGAUUAUAAAGUAAAGGAUGAUCCAAAAAUUUUCAGUUUCACUCUUCAUAUUUUUCAACAAAAUCUCAAAAUUUUUGACAAUAUAAUGAAAUCAGCUCAACUUGAUAGAUUGAAACACAAAUUCAAAUCAGUUAAAAAAAGGUAUAUUGAAGAAUUCAAAAAUUUCCUUUCACAAAACAAAGACUAUAAAAUCAAAACUAAGUUAGGCAUUCAGAAGGUUAUUUUCAAUACAAUUGAUACAUGUUAUAAAAUAUUGCAAAGGCUUAUUCCCCAAGUAUCUAAAGCUAUGGAUGGCGAAAAUUUUGUUAAAGAUAAUCCUAUAAAAAAAUUCCAGCGCGGUGUUGAUAGACAAAAAAUAAUAGAAGAAAUACAUGCUUGUAAAAAAUUUGGUAUGUGUCGCAAUAAGGAAGAAUACAGUGACUUUAUUACAGAAAUUAUCGGGUUUAUAAUACAAGCUAAUGAUAGUAAAGUCAAGCAAGCUUCAGAUGCAUUAACUGAAGUUGUGAAAACAACUGAUUUCACUAAUGUGAUCGAUAAUAAUAUUCAAGACGAAGUAAGAAAGUUUAUGAAAGUUCUUGAAGUUUCAGACCCAGUUUUACUUAGAGCAAUGUUCUUUAUACUUAGAAAUGCAAUAAGUAGUCAAAAUCAUCCUAUUGUUAUAAUAGACCCUGUAGAUGAAAAAUUAGCGGCUAAAACUACAGCAUUUCAUAAUAUACUAAACAUUUUAGAUAAAAACAUUGUUAAAUCUGCUAACGAUACAGAAUGGGAUGAAAUUAUAAGGCAUUUUGAGGAAUGGAAAGAUGGUUUCCGUACCGAUAUUUUAAAUUUAUUUGAAACUUUAACUAAACAAAUCAAAAUGGCAUUUGAUAAAAUGGACUCUAAAACGGCGCAACAAGUGAAUGAAAAUAUGAAAAUACUUGUCAAGCCUUUAAAAUAUAAGACAGCCAGGAUAAAUAGUACAAAGAAUCCAUAUCAUGAAAUUUUGUAAAUAAAUAUAAUA